AUGAUUAUGAUGAUGAUCAUGACGACUACGAUGAUUAUGAUUAUGAUGAUCAUGAUUAUGAUUGAUGACCAUGAUUACUGUGAUUGCGGUCACGAUGAUUAUGAUUAUGAUGAUGAUGACGAUGACGACUACGAUGAUUACGACUAUGAUGAUCAUGAUGACUAUGAUUAUGACGAUCAUGAUUAUGAUUAUGAUUACGAUGAUCACGGUUGA